CUCUUAUUUGUUCUUUUUUUUAACAACAGCACUCACUUCACUCAUGCCGACCAUCAGUGUGAAUCGCUCUGCGCUGUUCGCUGCCAUUGGCAAGACGUACACGGACACUGAGUUUGACGAACUCUGCUUUGAGUUUGGCAUCGAGCUCGACGAAGUCACCACUGAGGUCAAGGUCGACGCCAAGGCAAAGGGCCAGGGCGACAAGUCCGUCAAAAACCCAGGCGCAAACGCCAAGGACGAGGAGGUCGUCUACCGCGUCGAAAUCCCCGCAAACCGCUACGACCUGCUGUGCCUCGAAGGUCUCGGCCGUGCCCUGCGUGUCUUUGUCCAGCAGACUGCCCCGCCAAAGUACACGCUCUCUGGCAAGCCCGUCCACCGCCUCGUCGUCCACAAGGAGGUUGCAGAGGUCCGCCCGUUCGUUGUCGCCGCCGUCCUGCGCGACAUCACGUUCGAUGCUGCCAUGUACCAGCGCUUCAUCGAGCUCCAGGACAAGCUACACCAGAACAUUUGCCGCAAGCGAACACUUGUCGCCAUCGGCACACAUGAUCUCGACACAAUCCAGGGACCGUUCGCCUACAAGGCCCUCAAGCCCGAAGAGAUCUCCUUUGUCCCGCUCAACCAAACCGAGAAGCACACUGGCGCAAGUAUGAUGAAGCUCUACGAGGACUCUCACUUGCGCGAGUUCUUGCCAAUCAUCCGCGAUAAGCCACGCUACCCUGUCAUCUACGACGCCAAGAAUGUUGUGCUUUCCGUGCCCCCAAUCAUCAACGGCGACCACUCCAAGAUCAGCCUCAACACGCGCAAUGUCUUUAUCGAGUGCACUGCCACCGAUCGCACCAAGGCAUUGAUUGUGCUUGAAAUCAUGGUGACCAUGUUCUCCCAACAUUGCGCCAAGCCCUUCGUCAUCGAGCCUGUCGAAAUUGUGCACGCUGAUGGCACCUCCGAGAUCACCCCCAAGCUCGCAUACCGCACGGAAACCGUCGAGGUCGAGUGGAUUACAAAGCGCGUCGGCAUCAAGCAAACACCCGAGCAGGUUGCCAAGUUGCUCAGCCGCAUGUGUCUCCCAGCGACUGUCUCGGCUGACGGAAAGUCUGUCGUUGUUGAUAUUCCCCCGACCCGCUCGGACGUCAUCCACGCCUGCGACAUUAUGGAAGAUGUGGCGGUCGGCUACGGCUUCAACAACCUCGAGUGGACUGUCCCUGCAACCAGCACUGUCGCUCACCAGCUCCCCGUCAACAAGCUCACUGAUCUUUUGCGCCUCGAGAUGGCCAUGGCUGGCUUUACCGAGGUUUUGACCUUCUCGCUGUGCUCGCAUGCCGAGAACUUUUCAAACAUGCGCCACCAAGACGAUAACUCUGCCGUCGUGCUGGCCAAUCCCCAGUCGGUCGAGUUCCAAGUGUGCCGCACCAGCUUGAUGCCCGGCUUGCUCAAGACGCUCCAUUCAAACCUGAACGUGCCGCUGCCGAUGCGCGUGUUUGAGAUUUCGGACGUUGUUCUCAAGGACACCGCCUCCGAUACGGGCGCUCGCAACGAAAGGCGGCUGGCCGUGCUUUACUCGAACAUUGCCUCUCAGUUCGAGAUUGUCCACGGUGUUCUUGAUCGUGUCAUGACCGUGCUCGAGGUGCCGUUCAACGUUGCUGGCGGUGACAAGGGCUACAGUCUGCAGUCUUCCGCUGACUCGAUGUACUUCCCUGGCCAGGCUGCCGAUAUUUUCGCUAACGGCCGCAAGAUUGGCUCGAUCGGCGUGCUCCAUCCUGAGGUGCUUUCGGCCUUUGCGCUCCCCAACCCCGUCUCGUGCCUUGAGAUUACCAUCGAGCCCUUCCUGUAGAUGCGCCCAAACAAGCGGGUGUCUGUUUUUGGAGCGUUCCCUUUCCGCCUUUGCCUGCCCUGUUGUACUUGCUUUGUUGCGAUUAUUACAACGUUUUACUUUGA